AUGUCGCUCCAAACACGCCCCAGCUACUCCGCCGGCGGAGCAACGCCAGACUCGCGGGUGCAAAAGUUCAACGUGGAUGACUCGCUUCAAGGAGAAUGCAAGCGCAGCGAUGAGCAAGGUCUGCGCAGACAUGCGAGCAGCAGCAACGACGACGACGACGAAAGCAUGCAGCCGCAUCCCAAGCCUUACCACCACCAAUCUGGCGCGGAUUACCCAGACGGAGGCAAAGAUGCUUGGCUCACCGUCCUCGGCGGUUUCCUGGCCAUGAUCGCUGGUCUGGGCUACACCAGCAGCUUUGCCGUCUUUGAGUGAGUUUUGAGGGCCACGGCUACAGUGUCGCUUCGCCGCCCAAUGAUGCACGCGUGCGUGUCCCUCAUGCCCACACACGCGCGCUCCCUCCCUCUCCUCUCCGCAUCGCACCCCCUCCCCCCUCCCCAGAGCAUACUACCUCACGCACCAAUUUGCAGGCUCUGCAAGCGUCGGUCCAAACGACGUGGCGUGGAUAGGCGCCAUCAACCUGUGGGGUACCUUUGGCUUGGGCAUCCCUGCCGGCAUCCUGUUGGAUAGGCUCGGUCCCAAAGUGCCCAUGACCAUCGGUCUCGUCUUUGUCGUCGUCGGCACAAUGAUGAACUCGCUAGCCUCUGACCACUUUUACGAGUUUCUGCUCUCGCAAGGAUUGUGUUGCGCCAUCGGAUACGGCAUGGUCUUUAACCCCGCCGUCUCCCUUCCCAAUCAGUACUUUUUCAAAAAGAGGGGCGUCGUCAACGGUCUCGUGGUCGGUGGAACCAGCGUGGGCGGCGUAAUCUGGCCAGUCAUUCUGGAUCGCAUGCUGAAUCACUCUACACUCGGCUUUGCUUGGGCCGUUCGCAUCGUGAGCUGCGUGGCGACUGGGCGUCUUCAAUUGGAAGGGCGAAAGGAGAGUGCGAGCUGGGACUGACAUGAAGCAUCCCCUGCCUUGCACAUCCUCCUCCUCAUCCUCCUCCUCCUCCUCCCUUCCCACCCUGCCCGCACCGCCCACCAGGCCGGCUUCAUUCAGCUCGCGCUUUUACUGGCAGCCACGCUGCUGCUCAAGGCAAGACUACCGCUGCACCAGAUCAAAGGCCCACCGCCUUUUGGCAAGAUGUUUACCGACACUCGCUACGUUCUCUUCAUCAUCGCUACUUUGAUAGCAUUUUUUGGUCUAUACGCCCCAUAUGUGAGUAUAGCAGCCGAGUUAUGCUGAGCAGAGCGUUGCGCUCAUAUGACCGCCGCCCCCCUCCGGACGCCCCCAGAUUUUCAUCUCUGCCUACGGAGUUCAGCACGGCUCUUCCGUCACCAAUUCUUUCUACAUGAGCGCUGCUCUCAGUGAGUGCGGUGGGCAGUGUCGAUGGGAGGCAGACCAGCGGCGCUCACACGCGCAACACACCUACGCUUUGCGUUUUCAGACGCCGGCUCCUUCUUUGGCCGAUUCAUCAUCGGCGCGCUUGCUGAUCGAGUGGUGGGCUUUUUCAACAUGAUGACCAUUUCUUGCUUCUUGACCGCCAUGGUGGCCUACGCGUGGUCAGGUGUUAGCGACAGCGCCGGCAAUUACGUCUGGGGUACGGUGUACGGAUUCUUGUCUGGCGGAGUCAUCAGCUUGCUCUCCCCCUGCGUCGCCCCUUUGGCUGCAAGUCCGCAGCAGAUUGGGCAGUAUGUCGGCGUGGGCACGUCGCUGGCCGCGCUGGGCGCGCUUGGAUCGGGCCCCAUUGCUGGCAGACUCGUGGCCAAUUAUCCCGGAAAUUAUGUCCCGUGAGUGCUUUUCCGAUAGCGUCGCCCCCCCUCGUCUUGGCGCUCAAGCCGCCACCUCUUCAUCUCAUCUCCAUGGCAGAGCGCAAAUGUUUGUGGCGACGGUCAUUCUGGUGGGAUCGCUAGUGUAUGCCGCCUGUCGCGUCACGGUAUCGCGUGCGUGGCGUAUUUAG